AUGGAAACGCGCAUCCAGAAGCAGCAGCGCAGCGACCUGAUCGGUGUGUUUCAACCCGGAUUCAACGUUCUUCCAGUUAACCAGGAACAUGUUUUAACUCCUUCUGUAGUCUGCUACAGCUCAGACAUCGCCGCCGGCGCCCGUUCCUGCCUGUGCGUUGUGACGCCGUCAACGACGUCAACGACCCUCCCUGACUUUUACGUGUGCGUGGUGACGAGGAGACGAACUGCUGUCACAUCCCACGUGUUCUCCAUCGCUCACGUGGCUUCUGUUGCCGUGGCAACGGCCAACAACCGAUUCUCGUUGCCAGGCAACGCGUGUCGCUCGACGAUGGCUGCAGAGACUUUUUCUAAGUUUUAUCAAACUGUUUGCUGCCAAAAUGAUAUUAAAGUCAAUCCGGAUGUUUUAGAGACUUUAGAAAAAACUAAAAUAACAUGGAAUUUCACCUUAAAGCUCAGAGGAAACGACCAGCUGGCACGCGGUCAGAGACUCGGGGACGACGACGUCCUCGCUCUGUCCAAGUGUCUGCAGAACAACGACCGCGUGACAGGUCUGGAUGUGAGCUACAACCACAUAGCUGACGGAGGAGCCGGACACCUGGCUGAGCUGUUACAGGCGAAGGACUCCGUUCUGAGCUCGUUGGACCUGGCGUUUAACGACGUUCAGGCAGACGGAGCUGAAGCUCUCGCCAGGAGUCUGCAGGGGAACAGCAGUCUGCUCUCUCUCCGGCUGUCGGGGAACAAGAUCGGCAGGACGGGAGCGAUGCAUGUGGCCCGGAUGCUGCAGGUGAACAACACGCUGCAGGAGGUGGAGCUGGCCAACUGUGACCUGGAGACCCACGCUGUGAUCGCCCUCAGCAUCGUGCUGAGAACCAACACAACUCUGCGCUGCGUGGACGUCAGCCGCCCGCUGCUCUUCAGCCAGCAGGAGGAGUGGGCCGUGCACUUCUCCCAGGUGUUGGCCCAGAACUGCAGCCUGCUGGAGCUCCGCCUGGGGACGACGGGGCUGACGGACACAGGGAUGGAGCGUCUGGCCGACGGGCUGAAGCAGAACCGGACCCUGCGCUACCUGGACCUGCGCUGCAACCGCGUGUCCCGUGACGGGGCCCUCCACCUGGCCGAGGCGCUGGUGCAGGACUCUGCUCUGGAGGUUCUGGACCUGUCGUUCAACCGCAUCGAGGACGAGGGCGCGGCCAGUCUGGGCCGGGCCCUGGUCCAGCCCGGCUGCAGCCUGAAGGAGCUGAGUGUCUGCAGCAACCACAUCGGGGCUGACGGCCUGCUGGCUCUGGUUCGGGCCCUGAAGGCGACCCGGACUCUGACCCGCCUGUUCGUCUGGGGGAACCAGCUGGAGGAGCCGGUGUGCCAGGCCUUCCGGGGGCUGCUGGCCCGCGGCCGCCUGUCCUCCAGGGACACGGACGUGCGCGCCUACGAGGUGGACGGGCGCGUGUUCCUGGCGCAGGUGUCCCAGGGCCCGCGCAGGCGCGUGUGA